UUUCCUCCAUGGACGGGUGACACCACCAGCUGUGGUGGGGCGCGGCAUGGGCCCCACCAUCAUCUGGGUUUCAUUCAUGAGCCAUGACACACGGUUACAUAGAUGCGUCUCUCGAUCGCCGCUGCUCUGCCCAUUUUCGUCUGAUUCUCGCUUACGCGUUGAAAUUUCAACGCUGUCAGAUUCUUUCCCUUUCUCGAUGAUCUCCUUGAACGCGUCAUCGGUUCUCUGAAGUCACAACUACUCCUUGGCCCUUGCCAUCGCUCGACAUCAGCCAGAUCGCAAUGUUUUAUCUGUGAGAAAACGGGUCUUUCAAGGCAUAGUAGACUCUGCUGAGGAGUGAGGAGGAGUCUUUCUGGUUUCUCUAUAGUUUAUUUGUAUUCUAUUCCUGCAUUUAUUUCGUCUUCCUCUGCGUCUUUUUUUUUUUUAAUGUACGAGAUUGGGUUUUCUUGUGAUGGGUGCAUGAACAGAGUUUGGGGUUGAAGAAACUUAGGUAAGGGAAAAGGCAAUCUUUUUGAGCAUUCUGGAGUGAUGAAAGUAGGGGAGAGACCGAUUUGUGAAGUGGGAUUUUUGAUUUGAGGAGUUUAGGUCUCUGGGUCUGGGGUGGUGGGUUGGCGCCAUGUACACAGGAGGUCGACUUGUUGCCGGUUCUCACAAUAGAAAUGAGUUCGUCGUCAUCAAUGCCGAUGAGAUUGGACGAGUGAAGUCUGUGAAGGAAUUGAGUGGGCAAAUUUGCCAGAUAUGUGGAGAUGAGGUGGAAAUUACAGACGACGGAGAGCCUUUUGUUGCCUGUAAUGAAUGUGCUUUCCCUGUGUGCCGGCCCUGCUACGAGUAUGAGAGAAGAGAGGGCAAUCAGAUCUGCCCUCAAUGCAAAACCAGAUACAAGCGCAUCAAAGGCAGUGCCAGGGUUGAUGGAGAUGAAGAAGAGGAUGGUGUUGAUGACUUGGAAAACGAGUUUGAUUUUGGGAGUCAUGAGAUGGACUCACACCAGACCGCCGAGGCAAUUCUCUCCUCUCGCCUUAAUGUGGGUCGUGGCUCCUACGCCAAUGCAUCUGUGCCGUCAAAUCCUGAUUCUUCCUCUCUUAGUCCGGACAUCCCUCUCCUGACCUAUGGCCAAGAGGACGCUGGGAUUUCUUCUGAUCGACAUGCUCUCAUUAUACCCCCUUUUAUGGGUGGUGGAAAACGAAUCCAUCCAAUGCCAUUUCCUGAUUCAUCAAUGUCUUUGCAACCCAGACCAAUGGAUCCUAAAAAGGAUCUAGCAGUAUACGGUUAUGGGAGUGUUGCAUGGAAGGAUCGAAUGGAGGAGUGGAAGAAAAGGCAACAUGAUAAAUUGCAGGUGGUUAAACACCAAGGUGAUAAUGGUGGGAACUAUGAUGGAGAUGAUCCAGAUGACCCUGAUUUGCCAAAGACGGAUGAAGGGAGGCAGCCACUUUCAAGAAAAUUGCCCAUUCCUUCAAGCAAGAUAAAUCCAUACAGAAUGAUAAUUGUACUUAGGCUUGUGAUUCUUGGUUUCUUUUUUCAUUAUAGAAUUCUCCACCCAGUCCGUGAUGCAUAUGGGUUGUGGCUUACAUCCAUUAUUUGUGAAAUAUGGUUUGCGGUUUCAUGGAUAUUGGAUCAACUCCCCAAAUGGUAUCCUAUUGUGCGGGAAACUUAUCUUGAUCGGUUGUCACUGAGGUAUGAGAAGGAAGGGAAGCCAUCUGAGUUGGCUGACAUAGACAUAUUUGUAAGUACAGUUGAUCCUAUGAAGGAGCCCCCUCUCAUCACUGCCAACACUGUUCUAUCCAUCCUUGCUGUGGAUUAUCCAGUCGACAAAGUCUCGUGCUAUGUCUCAGAUGAUGGUGCUGCUAUGCUUACUUUUGAAGCUCUUUCUGAGACAUCUGAGUUUGCCAGGAAGUGGGUCCCAUUUUGCAAAAAGUUCAAUCUUGAGCCCCGUGCUCCAGAAUGGUAUUUUUCUCAGAAGAUUGACUAUUUGAAAGACAAAGUCCACCCAACCUUUGUGAGGGAACGGCGUGCGAUGAAGAGAGAAUAUGAAGAGUUCAAGGUUCGGAUAAAUGGGUUAGUUGCAAUGGCACAGAAGGUUCCUGAAGAAGGUUGGACAAUGCAGGAUGGAACUCCAUGGCCAGGGAACAAUGUACGAGAUCAUCCUGGAAUGAUCCAAGUAUUUCUUGGGCAAAAUGGUGUGCGUGAUGUUGAAGGAAAUAUGUUACCACGUCUGGUUUAUGUUUCUCGUGAGAAGAGGCCAGGAUUUGAUCACCACAAGAAAGCUGGGGCAAUGAAUGCUUUGGUGAGGGUCUCUGCAGUCCUUUCCAACGCUCCUUACCUUCUGAAUGUCGAUUGUGAUCACUAUAUAAACAACAGCAAGGCCCUUAGAGAGGCCAUGUGCUUCUUGAUGGACCCCACAUCUGGAAAGAAAGUCUGCUAUGUGCAGUUUCCUCAGCGGUUUGAUGGAAUUGAUCGUCAUGACAGAUACUCAAAUCGCAAUGUUGUGUUUUUUGAUAUUAACAUGAAGGGUCUAGAUGGGAUCCAGGGACCAAUCUACGUUGGAACAGGGUGUGUUUUCAGAAGGCAAGCUCUUUAUGGAUAUGAUGCCCCUGUAAAAGAGAAGCCCCCAGGAAAGACAUGCAACUGUUGGCCUAAAUGGUGUUGCUGUUGUUGUGGGUCCAGAAAGAACAGGAAAAUAAAACCAAAGAACAGAAAGAAAAAGAUUAAGAACAGAGAAGCGUCAACACAGAUACAUGCACUUGAAAAUAUUGAAGAGGGAGUUGAAGGAAAAGAUAGUGAGAAAUCAUCCCUCAUGUCUCAAAAUAAACUUGAGAAAAAGUUUGGGCAGUCUCCGGUGUUUGUAACUAACACACUACUAGAAAGUGGUGGUGUUCAUAAUGGAGCAAGUUCUGCAUCCCUAUUGAAAGAAGCGAUCCAUGUAAUUAGCUGUGGUUAUGAAGAUAAAACCGAAUGGGGAAAAGAGGUUGGCUGGAUAUAUGGUUCCGUUACAGAGGAUAUCCUAACAGGCUUCAAGAUGCACUGCCAUGGCUGGCGAUCUGUAUACUGCAUGCCUAAAAGGCCUGCAUUUAAGGGGUCAGCUCCUAUCAACCUGUCAGAUCGUUUACAUCAGGUUCUUCGUUGGGCUCUUGGAUCUGUAGAAAUUUUCUUAAGCAAGCAUUGUCCAAUCUGGUAUGGCUAUGGAUGUGGCUUGAAAUGGUUGGAGAGACUUAACUAUAUAAAUGCGGUUGUAUAUCCUUUGACUUCCAUUCCUUUGAUAGCGUAUUGUACAUUGCCUGCUGUGUGCCUCCUUACCGGAAAGUUCAUUGUCCCUGAGAUUAGCAACUAUGCGAGCAUUAUAUUCAUGGCUCUCUUCAUAUCCAUAGCUGCAACAGGUAUCCUUGAGAUGCAGUGGGGAGGCGUUCAAAUAGAUGACUGGUGGAGAAAUGAGCAGUUUUGGGUGAUUGGUGGUGUCUCCGCGCAUCUUUUUGCUCUGUUCCAGGGUCUGCUCAAGGUUUUAGCCGGGGUCAACACAAACUUCACUGUUACAUCAAAAGCAGGAGAUGAUGGUGAAUUCUCAGAGCUUUACCUCUUCAAAUGGACGUCGUUGUUGAUCCCACCCAUGACGUUACUGAUCAUCAACAUAAUUGGGGUCGUGGUUGGAGUUUCAGAUGCCAUCAACAAUGGGUAUGAAUCAUGGGGGCCACUGUUUGGUAAAUUGUUUUUUGCUUUCUGGGUCAUUGUUCAUCUCUAUCCAUUCCUCAAGGGGUUAAUGGGGAAGCAGGAUAGAGUGCCAACCAUAAUUGUAGUCUGGUCAAUUCUUCUUGCCUCAAUUUUCUCACUUUUAUGGGUUCGGAUCAACCCAUUCCUCGCAAAAGGUGGCAUUGUAUUAGAAGUUUGUGGUUUGAAUUGUGAUGACUGAGAUUCAUGGACGGUGAUUAGAUGCUUUGAGCUGCAUUUUGAGGUUGGUUGUGAGUUGUGGAAGAGUGCUAAUCUUCAAAACCAAGAUGAAACACAUCAAGAUGAUUUUGCAUGGUGAAAAUCAUCAUAGAGAUGAGGUGAAGGCGAGAUGGUGUGUAGAUAUGAAGGGGUCGGGAGCUGACGAAUUAAUAUUUGUUAUACAAAAUUUUUCAUUGAUUCUUUUUACAAGCGUCUUUUGCUGGGUUAGAUGGGGUUGAUUUCAGAGGGCCUGUCUACAAUCCCAAAAGAACAUUGUUCAAUUGUAGAUCAUUUGAUGUUUAGAACUAUAAUUUAUUCCCCUCUGAACAAGGGGCUGAAUAUAUAGAGGCGUUUCCUUGUUUAUUUUC